AUGCCUGUCACUCGAUCGGCUACACGCGCCGCAGAGCGAAGCACGAAAUCAAAUCUUACCGAGGCUACACAGCCGAAAGCUGCCGAGUCGAGCAAAUCAUCCGCCCUAGGAAAGACCGGGAAAAGUAAACCAUCAUUCAAAUAUGCAUCACAACGAGUUAGAUUGCUUGAAUGGCUAUCACUGAAAGACACAGCCGAUAGUGUUAUCCCUAAUGGUGACGAAUUAUUCUGUCUUUUACAAAAAUUAUAUCAACAGAAAGGAUGCCAGGUUGUUGCGCGAGGCCGUCCACGAGAGCUAAACGACAUCGAGUGGUUAAUAAUUGACCUAGAUGAUGCCACAGUGUCGUCUUUAGAACAACUCGAAGGACCACCGCAUUGGAACGAAGAGGCUAGCUUCGAACCUGAACAAGAGCGAUCAAAAUAUCCUAUGACAGGUUUUCUUUCCCUAGCGCAUGGAUGGAUGGAGGGAAAAGUUGAGUAUCAAGGACAGGCCGCUCGGCGUUUAGUCUACUUUCUCGGAUUUAAGGAUGAAGAGGGUGAACGGUGCUAUAAAGAGGAGAUGAGAUGGGGCGAACGCAUCCGUAAUGGACGGAUCAAUUGGGAUAUCAUGGAGCAUUUCUUUGAAGAUUUGGAAAAUCUUGGCAUGAUAGGAUUCGAUUCCCUACAUGUCCGAUUCUUAGAAGUUUUGGAUUAUGUGUCGGAGAACGAGACCAUAUCGCGCCUUCCACGUCCUAUCGUGAUCUCCGAGUCUGCGGAAGACGUGGAAUAUUAUAAGAAGCUAGACGAGUUGUAUGAAACAUGUGACUUAUAG